AUGGAUAGUUCAAGUGACAUUGAGGGUGAUUCCGACGGGAGAAAUGAAGUUGGAUCUUCGUCGGAUUAUCGAUUGUUGGGUCGGCAAGUUACAGUUCAUCAGUUCAUGGGCGGUGGCAAAGCUGCUGAUUUGCUCUUAUGGAGGAGAAGAAAUGUUUCUUUGGGGAUUAUCGUUUUAUCAACUGUAGCUUGGCUCAUAUUCGAGCUCUCUGGAUUGCCCAUCUUAUCUGUUUCUUCAGAUGUUUUACUGAUUGGGAUCAUAGUAUCAUUCGUCCGUGCCCGAGUUUCUGCUUUUAGAAAUAGACAGCCAAAUUCCUUGCCAGAGCUUGUUCUAUCAGAGGAAAUGGUGAAUAGUGCCGCAGCUUCUUUCCGUAUAAAACUGAAUCACUUGCUUGUAAUGGCUCAUGAUGUUACAGUUGGCAACGAUUUUCGACUCUUCUUCAAGGUGGUGAUAUGUCUGUGGCUUCUCUCUGCCAUUGGUAGCUAUAUUUCUUUCUGCACUCUUGUUUAUAUCGGGACCAUCCUAUCUGUAACAGUACCGGCUUUGUACAGCAAAUAUCAAAGCAAAGUAGACAAGUGUUGCGGGUCGAUUCACAAGCAGUUGUCUCAUCACUACAAGUUGGUGGACGAAAGUGUUAUAAGCAGACUCGCAUGGAGCUUAUCCAAGGAUAAAGAUUCUUGA